AUGCCACCAACUCCCAUCCUUACUACCACCGCCCGCCCUCUCCUACACACCCCCUCCCCUCUAACCCUUAUCGUUGCUACAACCCCUAUAACAAUGUCCACUCUCAAUGCUAAUGCUCCUUCUAACUUUACACGCCGCUGCCUAGGCAUCGGGCACGGCGGCACCCUUCCUUGGCCCAGCAUUAAAGCAGACUUGAAAUUCUUCUCACGAGUCACAACACAUGCGCCUCCUCACUCAUUGCCAUCAUCAUUAGACAGCACAGGCACAGGAAGGGCCGUGACUGCUGUAAAUGCAGUAAUUAUGGGGCGAAGAACAUAUGACUCACUUCCCACGCGCUUUCGACCGCUGCCGGGCCGUGUGAAUGUUGUUGUGACGCGGGAUGGGUCAGGGAAAGAGAGGGAGAGGAUUGAGGAGGAGUGGAGGGCAGUGAGGGAGAGGGAAAAGGAGAGGAAGAGGAGAGGAGAUGGUUUGAGUGCUAGUGGUGGUGAUACAUCUACAUCUACGACAAUAGUUGAGAAUGAAAUAGAAACCCCCGAUGUCCUUAUUGCGAAUAGUCUUGAGUCAGCUGUGACAGCACUUUAUGAUGCAUUUCAAAUCAGCACUGAUGACAGCCAUGCUGUACCCCCCGGACCCCUCUCCCACAACUCCACCCGCUACCUCGCAAAUAUCUUCAUAAUUGGCGGCAGUGAGAUAUACGCCUCUGCUCUUAACCUUAACUGCAAGCUGGAUGCCGGUGUUCCUGAUUGCCAAAGACAAGGUAUCAGGAUUGUCAUGACAGAUAUAAGGCGACUUCCUGCUGCAUUGAAUGAUGCUACUGCUGAUGGAGCUACAGCAACCUCAGUGAAAGGAGUGGAGGACUCUGUGAACGGUUUUGAAUGUGAUACAUUUUUCCCACUUGAUGAGGAUGAACUGGAGCGCGGAGAUGGAGAGUGGAGGAGGGUGAGCUGCCAUGAGGUUUCCGGACCGAAGACGUAUAGCGUCUCUCAAAACCACAUCGCAUCUCAUACCACCCACCCCAUUUCACCCCAUCCCUAUCUAACCCAUUCAAACCCACAAUCAACAUACCAUGGAACCCCAGCAGCACCACUGCCAUCACUCGAAUUCGGCUUCGUACUACUACCAUUCGCCGAAGUCAUCACGUGCGAGGACGAUGAUACCGGCACCCCAUCAUGCCCCUUAGCGCUGGACCGCGAGUCGCCAAAUAAAGACGAGCAAGUUGUCAUGGACGUCAUCCUCGUGCCGUCCGAAACGGCCCUCGAUGACGCAGGCUUGGAGGGCUUAGAAUUUUCAGAGCAACCUCCACUGCUACAGACUCUCACGGAAUUCGAAGGGAGGGGCUCAGGGUUCAAUUUGUCUGCCAGGGCACAACUUGGUGAACUGUAG